GCGACGUAAGCAGAAGGACCUGGCAACCCGGUUGGAGCACUCUUCGCUGUGAGCUCAGUCAGCUCUCUCUGACAGGCAGCGUGGAAAGAUGGUGCUCGACUUGGACCAGUUUCGCACCGACAAAGGUGGCGACCCAGAAGCCAUCCGUGAGAUCCAAAGGAAGAGGUUCAAAGAUGUUACACUCGUUGAUAAACUGGUCGCUGCAGAUACGGAGUGGAGAAAAUGCCGCUUCACUGCAGACCACCUGAACAAAGCCAAGAACCUCUGCAGCAAGAGCAUUGGGGAGAGAAUGAAGAAAAAGGAACCAGUUGGUGAUGAUGACUCUCUACCAGAAGAAGCCCAAAACGUUGAGUCCCUAACAGCUGAAACACUAUCGCCCCUGACGGUAACCCAGAUCAAGAAGGUGCGUUUGUUAGUGGACGAGGCUGUAGAGAAAGCUGAUGUCCAGAGAAUAAAGCUGGAGGCGGAGCGCUUCGAUUACCUGAGGGAGAUCGGAAACCUCCUGCACCCGACUGUGCCCAUCAGCAACGAUGAGGAUGCAGACAACAAGGUGGAGCGUACCUGGGGCGACUCCAGCGUGCAGAAGAAGUACUCCCACGUGGACCUGGUGGUCAUGAUCGAUGGCUUCGACGGAGAGAGGGGGGCUGUGGUGGCUGGGAGCAGAGGUUACUUCCUGAAGGGCCCACUGGUAUUCCUGGAGCAGGCUCUCAUCAACUACGGCUUGAGGCUCCUCUACAGCAAGAACUACACCCCGCUCUACACGCCCUUCUUCAUGAGGAAAGAGGUCAUGCAGGAAGUGGCGCAGCUCAGCCAGUUUGAUGAUGAGCUUUACAAGGUCGUUGGUAAGGGCAGCGAGAAGUCAGACGAUAGCUCUGUGGAUGAGAAGUACCUGAUCGCCACCUCGGAGCAGCCCAUCGCCGCCUUCCUGAGGGACGAGUGGCUGAAACCCGAGGACCUGCCCAUCCGCUACGCCGGCUUCUCCACCUGCUUCAGACAGGAAGUGGGCUCCCACGGCCGAGACACGCGCGGGAUCUUCAGAGUGCACCAGUUUGAGAAGAUCGAACAGUUUGUGUAUUCCUCCCCACAUGACAACAAAUCAUGGGAGAUGUUUGAUGAGAUGAUCGGGACCGCGGAGGAGUUCUACCAGACGCUAGGAAUUCCUUACCGCAUCGUCAACAUCGUGUCAGGCGCCCUGAACCACGCAGCCAGUAAGAAGCUGGACCUGGAGGCCUGGUUCCCGGGCUCCGGGGCCUUCAGAGAGCUGGUCUCCUGCUCCAACUGCCUCGACUACCAGGCCCGGCGCCUCCGCAUCCGCUACGGACAGACCAAGAAGAUGAUGGACAAGGUGAGGGCACCUUCUGAACGCUGCGUUGUUGCUACACACUCAUUUAGUUGGCCGCUGAUAUUCUUCUUCUUCCUCUCUGUCUCUGUACAGGCUGAGUAUGUGCACAUGCUGAACGCCACCAUGUGCGCCACCACCCGUGUGAUGUGCGCCAUCCUGGAGAACUACCAAACGGAGGAAGGCAUCGUCAUUCCAGAGAAGCUCCAGCCCUUCAUGCCUCCUGGUAUGACGGAGAUCAUCAAGUUCGUGAAGCCGGCUCCCAUCGAUCAGGAGACCACUAAGAAAGCCAAGAAACAGCAGGAUGGAGGAGGAGGAGGAGGAGGAGGAGGCGGCAAGAAGAAGAAGCAGGGAGGAGCGGGAGGAGACCAAAACCUGCCCAGCGCCUUGGAGACCAUGUCCGUCAACGAAUCAUAGACUGCCUCACAAACACACACAUAGAAACAGAUGGAACAGAGCCUUGUGUGAAGUUCUGUUGUCCUCAUAACAAAGUAGCUCUGUCCCAUCUGUGUCUAUCAUGUGAUCAUCUCAGACCCCCCCCCCCCAAUUCACAUGUCUCUCAUCUGCAGCAACUCUAAACCUCAAACAAAGUUAUUGUAAUCUGAAUCACCCGCUACUUUUUCACGUCAGUAGGUUUCUUUUUUUAUAAUUGAUCAGUAAAACUGCAUCUGUUCUUCUGAAAUGACUUUAUCCUCCUUUUAAUAAUGCAGAAAUCAAACUCAAUCAGUGAUCAGGUAUUUUAAUUGUCUGCUUUAGGCUUCCCUUCACGUCGUCAUUGAUCUCAGACCACCGCUGUGUCACUGUUGACCAUAAUGCUUUUCACUGGCUUAUGAUUGAGACAUCUACAUCGUAUGAACUCGCUAUAUAAAGGGAUAUAUAUGAUUGAGAAAGUGGCACUUACUGUACACAAACAAUAAAUACAGUUGAUAUGGAAGUUA